UUUUUCUUUCGAUUUGUAGUAGGGAAUGCACGGCUUCCCCUGUCUGCGUGGGUGAAGCAGGAAGGGCCGCAGUGUGUCUGCGCGCUCGUGGUCUCAGUGCGCGAGCUCGGCUGGUGAGGGGGGGGCGUGAAUGGAAUCUCGCUCCCUUCGAACCUUAUUAGGACACGCUUCCUGUUGGCAAAAGCCUCCUACGUCACCAGGAUGCUCUGAAGUGCAACACUUGUCACCUUCAUAAACGACAGCUGUGCCGUCGAAUUUCUACAAAAAAAUAAAGAAUAAAUCUGCAGCGUUUGUGCACAACAUACAUUAACAAAAACUGUAGGAAGAAAUGCUAGAAGAUCGUCUAUGCCUAAAGCGGAUUUGCUUGCAAAAUACUUAAGCUGCUGCGUAUAUUUUAGCAAUCAAUGGAUCAGCAGUGCAUAAAAAAUGUAUUGAAACGUGGAACAACCUUCACAAAGAUACAGAUGCAGAGCCGAGGAGGCGCGUCAGUGCGCGCGGAUGCGCAGGAGAUAAAGGGAUGCAUUGGAUCGAGGUGAUGUCGUGAUGGUGUCCCUUCUUAAUAAACGGCUGUCUACUUCCCGCUCUUGGAAGAUUCCAGGUGUUCAUUGCAGGUGCUGGGGCUCUGCGGCUGUCAGGAUGCAACCAUCGGCUCUGAGGGCCCUGUGCUCGGCUCUACUGCUCCUCACAGUAGUUCCCUCUGUGUGCUCACAAUCAGAUUGUUCUCAAGCGGAUUCAUGUGACUUGUGCGUUGGAGACUCCAUGCUUAACCUGACCGGCUGCGUCUGGAGACUCUGCCCAAACGGUAACGAUACAGGUAUGUGUGUGACUGAUGGGGGCGAUUCAGCUGACACGAGCAUGAACUGUAGCUGGACCAGAGUCUCUGAGCUCUGCACAGUUGUAGAAAACGUUGCAACUGGAGGUGAAGGUGACACAGGUGAUGGGUCUGACACCACCUCAUCCCCGGAGUUCUCCCAGGCCAAGUUCGACAUGUCCAGCUUCAUAGGAGGAAUCAUUCUUGUGCUGUCCCUGCAGGCGGGCGGCUUCUUCGCCAUGCGCUUCCUUAAAUCCAAAGAGCAGAGCAACUAUGAUCCAAUAGAGCAGCCACAGUGAAGAUGUGGGGAGGACAAUCAGACAAGGAUGAAGGACUGCAGACGCAGAACAGUGACUCAUCAACAGAUUUUUACACCUCCUUCAGCUCCCUUUUUUGCUCCCCGUAUGUUCGGCACAUGUUCAAAAUGGUUUUACGGUUGGUGCCCGGUGAUCACAUUUACACAAAAUUCCCGUAAACGGAUUAAUUUGGCAUCACUUCUGAAGGACAGGAUUGCAUAACCUCUAAAUAAUAGAAACCUGGAUCAUAACAGUUUCUUUUUGAAUAUUACCUUUCAAAAAACAGAAGAAAAGUAGUUCAAAAUAUCCCUGAAGCAAAAAGCAUAUAUUCCUAGAAUUUCUUAAAUUCCUUCUGUUAACUUAUUGAAUCCCAAUAAUUUGAAAAGAAAUUAUAAACAUGUAUUUGGUAAGAUUUGCAGUGAAAAAUCCUGUUCAAAUGUCUUUUCUCUUCAUUUUUCUGUAACAAAACAUGCGCACAUGAAACUUCUUCUUCCAGAGUUUAGAUUGACUGGCACUUUAUUUGUUUUAAUUCUGCAGUGUCGUUUAUAAAUACAGCUUAAGUUAAUUUGGUGAUCUUGUGUGGUAUAACGGAAGCCCGAACCAUGAUGCUACCACCGACUUUUACACACGUGAUGCUUUUGAAAACUAGAAUGUGUUUUUUCCUCACCAGUUUUCAAAGUUAAACUAAAAUAUGCUUAAAUUACUAUAUUGCAACAGUUAGAGAUCUCUCCUUAAACAUCUGUCAUGCACAGCAUUCACUGAUUGAUGUUGUAAACAAUAAAAGUCUUUGUAUGAGAGAA